AUGAAGUCAGCAACUGCAAUCAAGUCCCCCAAUGGCCAUGGGAGUGUUUACAAGGAAGUGCGCUUCUCUCCUACUCCUACCCCCGUCCGUCGCACGCAAUCGGUGCCAAAUGCGCACCCUGACUUGUAUACCCAUGGUGCCGCCGGCGUCACCUACUCGAGCCUGAGUGCCAGUUAUCUCGACCAAGCGCGAUCACUACUGGACCGUCAACGAAUCAGUUUCGAAAAUGAAAAGAAGUUGUUCAAUGAGGAACGGCAACUGUGGGAAAAAGAGCGGGCGUUGUUGAAGUCGAAGAUAUCUGAACUAGAAGCCCUGCUAAGAGGGCGAGGAUCCACCGCAUCGGCGACCGUGCUGCCGCCCGGCGCUUUUGCUUUUGCCGACCAAUUUCACGCAAGUGCGCAGGUGUGGGAGGGAUCUAGCCCUGGGAGCCGGCCCACCAGGGUAUUUCCUGACGCGGAGACGACGGACAUCCACACUUUAUCGUCGAUCCCGGAGCAAGGAGCCAAAUAUGUCUCUGCGCCAUCUUUGGACGCAGCUCUUUCUCCCAAAUCGCAUGCAGUAGACCUCUCUACGGGCGCCAGUGUUCCUGUACCGAUUGAGAAGCUGGACAGCAAGCUAGACGGAAUUACCCUCAAAUCAUCUGCCCUGCCCCCUGAAGUGGUUGCCCGCGUGAUCACACCACCAUCACCGUCGUCGCUCGAAACCUCCCCGACCUCCUCAACCCGCCCCCCGAAUGAGCACCGCAACAGUUUGAAACUGCGAUUAUCCGAGCUCGGUCCCCCGGAAUUCAACCUGACCAGGAACGCCGGUCAUACUCCCAUGGCCAAGAUCGAUCGCGAUAUUGACACGGAGCAACCGUCGCCUCAGGAGGUACAAGAUGAGGCCAGCCCCCUUGCUCCGGCAGUGCUUCGGCAACCUGCAGAACAGUCCGAUUCGUACUUUGCAGAUUUGCCGGAAGACCCAGCUCUGAAGGGGCCGCUCUCCUUGUUGAACGAGGAGGAACACGACAGUAGCUUUCUGAAGGAGCUUGAUCAGAGGCUUCUGGACCAGGUCAAGCAGGUCCUUGGCCACCACCGCAGGAGUUCUCGGGAGGAGAGGGAAGAUGGGGAAGAUGAGGCUGAGCCUCGCAGCCAGGGUGAGACCGAAGAGCCUGAAUUGCGGUUCAAGAAGACCACCAAUUUUGGCACGGCUUUUGGAAUCUCGGACUGCGGAAAAGUGUAA